AGUUUUGGAAACUGUUGAUUUCUGAGGUGAAGUGUUUGCCCUUUACGGUUCUGUUAUGAUUGCUGUUCAGAUAUUUGGGAUUAUGAAUUCUACAAAUGAAUGUAUCACAAUAUCAACAUAAUAUCACAUUGUCUGAAAAUCAGUGUCUACCGAUUUGAUCCGUAACGAAAGGUCCGUAUCCGGUUUCUAGUUAGUUUGCCGUAUCCGGUGGAGUGCGUCUGUCUGCUACCGUCAAAAUCCACAAAAAACGGUCCUUGAAAAAUAGAUAUUUCUUAUUCAUCUUCGCAUCACGUGACGUAUUGAGUGCCACACGUGCCUUACAUAUAUAAACGUAGAUAUAUACAUGUGCAAAAGCGCGUUUGUGAUUCCGCAGGUGUGCCUGGUAUGUUAUCAAAGACAAACGAAAUCGUUGAUGUUUACCUGAGGGAAAUCUAAUGUAAAGCAAGUGUAAUACAUAUAUUUAUAAGAUAGGUAUUUUUAAUACCAUAAUUUAUUAUUUAACAAUACAGGUGAAUAGGUUGGAGGCAUAUGAGGGCGCUAGUUAUUGCUUGGUCAUAUUAGUGUAAACUACAUUGUAUCCAUGUCUGGCGGUGGGCAUUGUGCCUAUAUGUUAACAAAACUUGAACAAAGAGGAUAAUUUGAUUGUGACUGUAAAACCGGUUUAGUACAGAUUCUAUUAGCUGGAGAUUCAGAUUGGAUCUAAUUAAAUUUCAGAUUCGCUGAGAACAUUAUUUACCAGUUUUGUAUCGCACAAAGCCCUUAUAACAGCUGACGACUUCUCACCGAAUAAACAUAAAAGGCAUUUCUCACCUGGGAUUCCACAACGUACAGCUAUAAAAUAUAAACGUAUGAUAUAAACAUAUCCAAUUGAUUCAGCGGAAUGUUUAUACAUAAAUAAAGAUUUAGAGGAAUCGUAUAUCAAAAUAUUGCCGCUUGUCACUUAUUAUUUGUAAAGUAGUGAAGAAACAUCAUACGGAAAUGACAUUUCAUUUCUAAUCUAUAAACAGUUACACUUAUACAGGUAUGACAUUUUAUGUAUAAAUAUUACAUCUUUUAUUUUUAUACGAUAUUUAUGACUACCAUUACGGUGGGUGUUCUCUGCUGAGUCUAAUUUGUCUUCAAAGUAGUGUUUUCCCGGAAGGAUUGACAUAAUUUGUCUACGGGACACCUCUUGAUUUUUUCCCGGAAGAACUAUCAAAAUCUACCUCGGUACAUCGAUUGUUGUCCUAAUCUGUCUUCGGGAGUACUCGUGUUUUUCCGCAAGAACUGUCAUAAUCUACCUCCGUACAUCGAUUGUUGUCAUAAUCUGUCUUCGGGAAGUACUCGUUUGUUUCCGUAAGAACUAUCAUAAUCUACCUCGGUUCAACUCUUGUUGUCAUAAUCUGUUUUCGGGAAAACUCCGGUAAAAAUCCUCAUCUACAUUUGGGUGUUUCCGUGCUUUUCCGGAAAUAAAUUGUUAUUAACCCGCCUUCGGGAUAACUCGUGUUUUCACGGAAAGACUUCUUAUCUCGAUACCCCUGCAGAUAUACAGUAGAUUUGUGAGUCUAGAUAACCGUGACAGCCAGGUGUUUAUAAAGGUGUAGUACUACUUGUACUGUCUAAUUAACAACACGGAGUACGGAUCGUCUCCUCGGCACAUUCCCGGAUUAAUAUUAUCUGUGGGUCUCUCCGGAUUAACGGAUAUUCGACUCGGAUUAUUACUUUACUAUCGGAAGGAAUUUGUAUUCAGCUAUUUUCCUGGAAACAUUUGUUCCAAAAGUUACUGAAUAAUAGUGUUUUCUUGCACGUCCCAUGAGGAAUACCACACGAAUAUUGAAAGGAGGAGAAUUCGGAGUUACUGCAGUUCCAACAAUCAGGGAGAGAAUGAACAUUUGGUUUAAAGCAACAUGGCUGCUAAUAGUUCUCCUUCACGCAUGCGCACAAGCACAAGAUUUACCGGAAGUACAGACAACUCACGGAAAAAUAGUUGGAUAUGUACAAGAAAUGUUUGGAAAGAAAAUAAAGACAUUUUUAGGAAUUCCGUUCGCCAUGCCACCUACUGGUAACCUUCGAUUCAAACGUCCCCUACCGGUAGAAAGUUGGAUUGGCGUUCUCAACACCACUUCAUGGCACAAUGCCUGUUACCAGAUGCCCUUUCUCUCAUUCGUCGGCAAGGUCGGCGAGGAGGGAGAGGCUAUUUGGAACCCCAAAACCCCUAUGAGUGAGGAUUGCCUAUACCUCAACAUAUGGGUUCCCGUAAACGUUGAAAUCCCAAUCAAGUCUACAAUGGUGUGGAUUUUUGGCGGGGGAUUUGUAACCGGGACAUCCGCCCUCGAGCUGUAUGAUGGGACGGCCCUAGCUGCAUAUGCAGAUAUAAUUGUUGUAUCAAUCAAUUACCGUUUAGGACCUCUUGGAUUUUUAUAUUAUGGUAAUGAAGAAGCGCCUGGGAAUGUGGGUCUACUAGACCAAGUGUUAGCACUGCAGUGGAUUAAUAAAAAUAUUGAAAAUUUCGGAGGGGUUCCGAAUGAUAUAACCCUGUUCGGAGAGAGUGCCGGGGCAGCUAGUGUGAGUUACCAUCUAAUGUCUGAAAUGUCCCAGCCUCUUUUUCAACGAGCAAUUAUGCAAAGUGGCACGUGCCUUAGUCACUGGGCCCACGUGUCACCUGAAACCGCCCUCACCUAUGCAAAACUUCUGGCUAAACAGAUGAACUGUUCGUCAGAUGAUGAUAGUGACGUCAUGCAUUGUCUCCAAAAUGCUGACGCUAAGAUUAUGUCGGAUAUCCAAUGGCAACUUCCGAUUACGUUUCUCACAUUUCCUAUAGUGCCGACGACGGAUAACCACUUCAUAAAACAGAGUCCGCAGGAAUUCCUACGCGCUGGUCGUUUUCCUGACAAAUCACUACUUAUGGGUGUGAACAGUGACGAGAGUGUGUACUUCCUUAAUUAUUAUCUUUACGACAAAAUUGGCUGGCCUUCUUCACAUUUUAAUCGAUCAUUAUUUCUAGAUUCUAUUCCGAUGGUUGUGUCUGACAACGGACUGUCAAAGGUCGCCGCAGACCGACGUCACCGCCCCCUGGUGGAUUCGAUCUUACAACAGUACGAGACCGACUACCUUCCGGGCACAGCUAAAAACUAUAUGAACAUCCUGGAUGAUAUAGGUGGUGACUUCGCCUUUAAGUGCCCAGUCAUUGAAUUCGCCCAGGAGUUCAGUCGCUCCAAGAGAGGUUCGCCUCAAGUAUUUAUGUACAGCUUCGAACACCGAUCGGAGACGAAUCCCUGGCCAGCCUGGACGGGCGUACUACACGGAGAUGAGAUCGAGUAUGUUUUCGCCGUCCCAGUCAAUGAUCACAGACGCUCAUCUGAAGAGAGACAACUAAGUAUUGCUAUGGUAGAAUACUGGACCAACUUCGCCAAAUACGGUGACCCCGGAAACGGAAACAGGGCGACACGCUGGCCUGAAUAUACGUACGAAACACAGGAAUAUAUAAUUCUAAAACCUGGGCCGGUGUUUGACAUCAAGUCCGGACUGAGAUACAAGCAGUGUGCCUACUGGACAGAGUUUUACCCUAAACUAAAGAAGGCUAUAGAUGAGGAAUAUAGGGAAGGUUGUGUGUCUGGAACGACUUCCGUUACGUCACAUUUGGAAGUGUAUCUCGCGCUAACCUGCCUAACAUUCAUCACCGUCCUGUUACAUAGAUAGUGCUACGUGGGCUUGAUUUAAACGUUCAGGGAAACACGAUAUCACAAGGGAAACACAUCAUCUCCAGGGAAACACGUUAUCACCAAGGAAAUAGUCAUAUCCAGGGAAACACGUCAUCUCCAGGGAAAUACGUCAUCUCCAGGGAAACACGUCAUCUCCAGGGACAUACUUCAUCACUAAGGAAACAAACACCAGAGCAAAACGUCCCCGCCAUGGAAACACGUUACCAGAAAAUUAGGCCACAGCUAUGGAAAAACGUCAUCACCAGUUAACUCCGUCAUCGCCAGGAAAAUACGUCACCGUUAUCGAGAUUGUACACGCUAUUGAAAUAUUUACGGCACCCGCUCUUAAUGUUUUGUAUUUUCAUUUUCUGUGAUUUUCAAGCUGUACAGAUAACUAUUGGAUUUGAAUCAACGGGUUGUAUGUAUUAAACAGAUCAUUCAGGAAGCGACACAUUAUCAUUACAAGAUAAUAUACCUAUCAUUGUACCUAAUAUCAUUUUAUCGUCCAUAGCAAAUAAUGUACAUAUUUAAUAGAUGGAAAUUAUAUCAUCAAGAUGCGAUAAGUUAUAAUCUUAGAGCUUUUGUUACAGUCGUGCUUGCUAUGGGACAAAUGUUUAUAUUAAGAUAUCUAUACAUAGAAAUGAUAUUUCUACGACUCGCUUGUAAUUGGAGAGUUUCAUUAAACACAGAGAUUAUUCUUCUAUGACUUUCAUUACCGUUACUUAUCGCAAUCUUUUUGGAACAACAUUAAGGCAGACGUGUUACUACAAUAUGUGUUUUUCUUUUUUUAUAAUCUAAUAUUCUAAAUUUUGAAAUCAUCAUUUUAGGAUUUUUCUUGCAAUUUUAUAAUAUCCAGUGAAUGGUAUUUUACUAUUGAACAUCCAAAUCAAUAUUUUAUAUGACCGGGAUAUUCCUUAUCACGUGACCCGAUCCACUUUGAAAUAGUUUCUAAACUACAGUGACAAUAAUGGACGUCCACGUCUCACGUAAUCUUAGCGUGUCUAUGAUCACACCGGAAAACGAAAUUAACACGUUUCAUGAUUAUCACACGAAAUAUAAAUCAAUGAAAGCUACGUAAAUAAGAAGCACAAAGUUUUGUUGCGAACGCUCUACUCUAAAACGGUUAAAUCAUAAACGCUCAACUCUAAAACAAUUAAAUCAUAAACGCUCAACUCUAAAACAAUUAAAUCAUAAACGCUCUACUCUAAAGUGAUGUACUAAUUGCCUUAACGAUAAAUAUCUAAUCUCUUGAGUUUUAGGAAUGCUUGGCCAUAGUGUACACGUCAUAUUCCUGUAUGGGGAUUAUAUAAAGAUUUAUCUUACUAAUAUGUCAGGAGAGAUGUAUUUACGACGGUUAUAACCAGGUAGACUCUAUACACGGGAUACAUUGUUCUCACAAGUUAAGGUUUCAAUUGUUGUGUGAUUGUCGUAUUAAUUGGAUGAAGUCCGAAGGUGAUUGUGUUUUUAGGUAUAAUAUAUAUUUACUUUGAUUUCAGGUAAGGUUGCAUGUUUUCAUCAUUUUAGGUCUCGUUACACUAGCUCGAUAGAUAAAUUCCACAGUACAAAGCUAAUUAAAUAAUUCAUAAUGAUAAAGUAUGGAAUGGUACGCCAUCAUCUUAUAAUUGUAUCCAGUGGUUUCGUAGGAGAUUUCCAUGUGUGAAUAUAGACUGUUACAUGUGCAUACGUGUUUGCUUGUUGUAUAUAGGUAUACAUGAGAAGAGAAAAAGGUUGUAUCCAAGUGCAGUGAUUCAAUAUAGAACACAUGACAGUUCGACGACCGACUUAUCGGCAGCUUCCACUUGCUACGCUACAGUAAAGGGUGAAAGCUCCUAAUUAGUCGGUCGGGGAAUUUUGUAUUUCUUUUUAUUGUUAAACAUGCAUAUAUGUACACAUUUACCUAUAAAUGAGUUUGAUUUACCCGUACUUGUGUUUAUAUAUAGUUUUUUGUUGUUUUAAUGUUGGGUAUUGAUAUGGAUUUUUCAUUUUCUAAUGUAUUAGAACAGAGGAUAUUUUGUUAAACGUUUGAUAUCUCGGCUGUGUUGUAAACUCAUUUAAACGAUGUAGAAUUUUCAAAUCAGUCCAGUAAAGCAUUUUUACAUAACGAAAUAAACAUUAAUGCAAUGUAUGAUUUUUGAUUCCAGAAUAAUAACAAGUCUGAUCUUACAAGUUUGGAUUUUCCAUAACGGCAAUUGUUUAUAGAAAUUAAAAUAGCGGGUAAUUUAUUUAAGUUAAAAUCAUACUUAAUCAUGUAUACGCUUCAGUAAAAUUUCAGAGAUGCAACAAACGACAGUAGACUUUUUUUUACCUCAAGGACAAGAGAGUUCCCAGCAUGAAUAUUCCUUGUGAGUACAUGGUACACAGCUAUCACCACGUUUGUAACAUUCAGUGUAUUUAUUUAAGUCCUUAGAAGUCACAAGUAUCAUCAAAGAAGUCCAUACAUAUAACUCAAUCAUGACACCAAAUCGUCAGUCAUUGUAAGCAACAUUAUCAAAGGCUCUGCUGGGUUUUCUGCGCAUUACCUUUUUAUGAAACUGCGAAAUCACGAAGGACAAAAGUAUUCCCAUUAGUCAUUAAAAAAAUGUUAGUACUGGGAAUUAAUUCAGGAAAACAUUGCAAAAUUUAGUAAUGAAUCUUAACUCAAUAAAAGAAUUGCAAAUUACUAGCACUGGCGCUGAAUUAAGGAAAUUGCAAAAAUAUCAGUUCUGAUGCUUGAUUCAUGAAAUUAAUUGCAAAAACAUAAGUACUGAAGAUUUGAUCAAUUGAGGAAAACAGUUACAAAAAUGUUAUUGCUGGUAAUUAAUUCAGGAAAAGACAUGCAUGCACUCUAGUACUGGUGCUAAAGUAAUGAAAAGAAUUGUAGCAAUGUUAGUACUGAUUAUUUAUUCAGGGAAAGAAUUGCAAAAAUGGCAGAAUUGAUGAUCAAUUCAGGAAAAUACAAAUGUAGUUACAAAAAUGUUCGUACUGUGAUUAAUUCAGGACAUCAUUUUUUUUUCAUUUCCCAGCGGUGAUAAUAUAAUUAAUGAUACGGCCCAUUGGCAUUAUUAUUAUGCUUUCUUAUCAGUUAUAAAGUCAUUUGUGGCUUUGUUUGCGGCGUGUUUGCCGGUAAACGUUUGACUUUAAUGAUAUUAUUCUAUUUUUACUGAUAAACUGUAAUUAACCAUUAUGAUUUUAAUAGUGUUUCAAGCGUUGUCAUCCUGAAUAGUUUUAAUAAAUUCACGCAUAAUCGUUCGUUAUUUGUAAAUUAUCAAUAUUUUGUAAUUGUGUUUGAGUUUUGUUUUGUUGUUUAUUUUAAGUGUUAUAUAUAGCAUGCUAUGAAGUAGUUGUAUUGGCACUGUUUGCAGUGAGUUUUAUUCAUCGUUCAUAAAAGAUUUAAGAAAGUGUUAACUGACUACGUUUAUAGUCCUUAUUUCGAGUGAUCAAUGUAAGGUUGGUUGUAGGGACAGAAAGGGGUGUAUUUUUCACGGAAAGUGUGAAACGUGUAAUAAUUCUCUGUUUAACUCUAAUUUCCAAACUAGUUUUUAACGUAUUUUAUCUUUCCGUUAACUCUGUUAUUAUUUUUUUAAUAUUUCAUGAUAAACUUGCUUUCAGUAUGUGUAGUUUAUAUUGGCUUUCUUGAUUUUUUGUGAAGAAUAGAAUUUGUUUUAAUGAAUCAAAUGGCACGUCUAUAGCACAAUAUUUCAUCAUAUGUUUCCUUAUUGGAGUUCUUUGUAUGUUUGAAUUAAAAUGGACGUUCUUGUUUAUGAGAAUUAGGACAUUUAGCACCAUCUGGGAGAUAUACUGUAAACGUGGUUAUUUUUGCCUGGGGUUUAUUUCACGAUUUCGAAAUGUAAACUAUACACAUGAUUUAAUCUUUGGUUGUUGUUCAAAAUUAUGUAAAUUGACAUCAAAAUAAUAUGCGAUCAAAAGGAAUCGGCGCAUUUAGCGUAAAUUUCCCCCUCGCGUUAAUCUCCAAGUUUGCAAUAUGGUGAUUUUAAAAGGACAUGAACUGCUUGCGUUUAUCUUUGUUAAAACAGGCAAGUGGUUUCUUUUUGUUUUUUUUAAUUAACCUGUUUGUCAAGUAAAGUUUGAUUAUUUAACAGGUUUUUGUAUAUGGACACCGGUAAUGACUUUACAGUCACAGAUAUUUUUUCUGAUUAAAUACCUUUUACGUAAAGUUAUGAUAUUCAUUCAAUUUGAUUUCUCAAAUAUGUCUACAUUCGCUUUCAGUUUUAAAGAAUAAAUGAUUCAAUAUAUCAAAAUUAUCUUUUGUCAAUGUUUGACUGGUAAUAACGCCGUAUAUCUCUAUUAGAGGUGAAAUAAAAUGAUUUUAUUAUGUUGUUAUUAUUCAAAAUAUCACAUUUAAACUUUGCACUGGCGUACGCUAGCAUAACAAAAAGCGCAUUUUUAAUUUCGAACAUAUUUUAAUAUCACGUAACUACUCUGAUGAGUCAGUUAUUUAUCAUGUAAAUAACCUGUUCCUCUUUUCAUAGUGUAGUUUUUAGAUAUUUUUUAGACAUUUUGUAAAUAGGUCAUUUUAUACUAUAAUACGAAUUAUCCAACAUCUCCUAACAAAUAUAAACCUUAAUGCGUCCUUUAGUGUAAAGAAGAGGAAAUUAUCAUUUUAAAUUGAAUUUUUAAAAUUUUCAACUUCCUUCGUUUAGUUUGGUCUACAAAAUGAAAGUUUUCCUAGAUAUGUAAAUUGUAGUAGGAUUGAAAAUGAAGUCUAGCCAGGUCGUUCGUUUUAGUUGUUAAUAAGAAUAUGAAUGGUUUAUAUCACUUGUGUUGAUGCUUACAGUUAAAUAUUUGUACAUAGUUUACAUUAUUUCAUGGGUGAUUCUUUGAUGAAGGAUGAUAGUCGAUUGUAAAUAAACCAUUAUACAUACA